UAACACCUCAGGGGGAGAAAAUUAUUACUUGUAUAAAGAUUUGUAUCUUGAGUUAGGGAAUUGCAAAUUGGAAGAAAUUACUUUAGGAUGGGGAUUUUCUUAUCUCUCUCUGGAAGCUCUCCAACCUGUGAUUAUGUCACUAAGUUCAAUAACUGUGGGUUUAGGUGGAUCAUUAGGUGAAGAUGCACUGAAACAACUACCUGCCGCUUGUCCUAUGCUAGAGUCAGUAAUUCUUCAUUUUCAGGCCAUCUCGGAUACUUUCAUAAUGAACAUCUUGGCAUAUUUGAGAAAUUUGGGAGUGUUGGCAUUGUGCUAUUGCCUUGGUGAUAUAUCUAUGUUAAGCUUCAGCCUCUCUAUGCAAAAUCUGAGGAAAUUGAGGCUUGAAAGAGAAACCCCUUGGAUGACCAAUAAUGAUUUAGUUAUUCUGACUCAGAAUUGUGCAAACUUGGUUGAGCUUUCCUUGCUGGGAUGUAAGCUUCUCAAUUCAGAUUCUCAAAAGAUUAUCUCACAUGGAUGCCCAGGCUUGAUUUCUAUCCAUCUAGAGGGUCCUAGGAUACAGAAAACCUUCAUUUUUGAUGCUGCUUCAAAGUUACCAAUGCUUCGGAAGAUAUCUCUAGAUGUGUGUGAUGCAAGUGAAGGUGACUUUACAUUCCAGAUUAUGCUGAAAGGUGCUUCUUGAGUACUGUGAAGAUAGCAAGAUGCAAGCCCCAGAGAUGUAAUUUUAACCUUUUCGCUCAUAGAACGCCCGUGCACAAGGAGACACUAGGUGCUGGUUUGGAACAGUGAGAAUCUCUUGAGAACAGUGGUGAUGGAAAGACUCUAAAGAUUGACACUGAUAUGGAGCCUCCAUUAAAUAAUUUGGUAAGGUCGCAUUAAUAAUGGGUUAAGUUUGUGACACAUACAAGACGACUUCUAUUCAAGGCAUAGAAAAUGGGUAUCACCAAUGAUUCACUUUGUGACACUAUCUUGUGCUCUACAAUUGUACAUUGUUACAAGAAGUUUGUUUCAGAUGUUAUAUGUUAGGAAUUUUUGUAUAUUUUAUACUUGAUGUACUUGAUACUAAAGCUGAUUGCAGUUAUCCUUUGCAUGAGCCAUGAGGUAAUGGUCCAAGAAAACGAUAUGAAUUUUUUAGUU